UAUCUUCCUCUGUUGGGUCUACUGCGUGAAGUCCAGUGGUCACCAGAAAGUUGGAAUCUACAAUUGCAUAUAGAGGGUACUUUUGUUGGCUACUUGUGUUUGCAAGGUCCUGUUGUGUCCACUGGGGCUGGAUAUGUCCAUGUUUGCAUGAAGAUGGAUUUACAUUUCUGCUUCAUGUGGCUUUUGUCACUUCUUCUGGAUGGAAUCUCAAGUCAAGGAGUCUAUGCUCCACCCACCGUGCGCAUAAUUCACUCGGGUCUGGCUUGCAAUAUCGAAGAAGAACGGUAUUCAGAAAGGGUCUACACGAUACGGGAAGGAGAGACGCUGGAAUUGACUUGCUUGGUGACCGGACAUCCAAGACCACAGAUCAGGUGGACCAAAACAGCAGGAAGUGCAUCUGAUAGAUUUCAAGACUCCAGCGUAUUCAACGAGACAUUGAGGAUUACAAAUAUCCAGAGACACCAAGGGGGCCGAUACUACUGUAAAGCAGAGAAUGGACUGGGCUCUCCAGCAAUAAAGUCGAUACGAGUGGACGUGUACUAUUUGGAUGAUCCCAUUGUGACCGUACAUCAAAGUAUUGGUGAAGCAAAGGAACAAUUUUACUACGAGAGAACCGUUUUCUUACGAUGCAUUGCUAACUCAAAUCCACCAGUGCGUUAUACCUGGAAACGUGGGGAAGAGAUCCUGUUGCAAGGGUCCGAUAAAGGAGUAGAAAUCUACGAGCCAUUCUUCACCCAGGGAGAAACAAAAAUUUUGAAGUUGAAAAAUCUUCGACCUCAGGAUUAUGCCAAUUACAGCUGUAUCGCUUCCGUACGAAAUGUCUGCAACAUUCCGGACAAGAUGGUAUCGUUCAAACUUUCCAAUAGGACAGCUUCUCCAUCCAUUAAGCUCCUGGUGGAUGACCCCAUAGUCGUUAAUCCUGGUGAAACCCUUACCUUAGUAUGUGUCACAACUGGUGGAGAACCUGCGCCAACCCUUACUUGGGUGAGGUCCGUUGGUAUGCUCCCCGACAAGAGCAUUCUGAAUGGUGGAACAUUAACCAUACCAGCAAUAACAUCAGAAGACGCUGGAACUUACAGCUGCGUUGCCAAUAAUAAUGUUGGCAAUCCGGCAAAGAAAUCUACAAGCAUAAUUGUGAGAGCUUUAAAAAAAGGCCGUUUCUGGAUUACGCCGGACCCGUAUCACAAAGAUGACAAUAUCCAGAUAGGACGAGAAGUAAAGAUUUCCUGCCAAGUCGAAGCCGUCCCGUCAGAAGAACUUACCUUCAGUUGGUUUAAGAACGGGCGGCCGCUAAGAAGUUCCGAAAGAAUGGUCAUCACCCAGACGGACCCCGACGUUUCUCCGGGGACCACCAACCUUGAUAUCAUCGAUUUAAAAUUCACCGAUUUUGGGACAUAUACAUGUGUGGCAUCUCUAAAAGGAGGAGGCAUUUCCGAUAUCAGCAUUGAUGUGAACAUAUCCAGCAGUACAGUUCCACCAAACCUUACCGUUCCUAAAGGGAAAUCUCCAAUGGUUGCCCGGGAAGGAGACACCAUAGAGUUACAAUGCCAAGUUUCUGGCAAACCCAAGCCAAUAAUCAUGUGGUCGAGAGCCGAUAAAGAAGUUCCAAUGCCCGACGGAUCGAUGCAAAUGGAAAGCUAUGAUGGGAUAUUGAGAAUUGUGAAUGUGUCUCGAGAAAUGACAGGAACGUACAGAUGUCAAACGAGUCAAUACAAUGGAUUUAAUGUUAAGCCAAGAGAGGCGCUCGUUCAGCUGAUUGUGCAAUAUCCGCCUACAGUAGAACCAACAUUUCAGGAGAUAAGGCUAGGAUUGAACAACAGCAUCACCAUGAAUUGCAGAGUGCUGCGAGCGUACCCCACUCGAGUCCUUAUGUACGAAUGGAGAUUUGGGAACAGACUACUGGAGAAAGGACAGUUUGACUCGCAAGACUUUACAGAAUUAACAGUUACGAUCCGUGCCAAGGACCAAUAUGGAACUUACAACUGUAGUAUCAUUAACGAAGCCGGAGCUGGUAGAUGCAGUUUCCUGGUUACAGGGAAAGCCUACCCACCGGAAUUCUACUAUGACACGUAUAACCCUCUUUGGCAAAACAAAGCCCGUAUUUAUUCUUAUAGUUUACAGUGGACACAGAUGAACCCAGAUGCCGUGGAUCGGAUAUUGGCUUAUCGUCUGGGACUGAAACAGGCAGGACAGCAACGCUGGUGGGAAACUGAAAUCACCGUUGAUGGAAACAUCAAAAAAGGAGAAUUAAUUACCAACAAUCUUACGGAACUGGUCAAGCCCGAACCUUACGAGAUUCGAUUGACUCCUAUCAGUAGGUUUGGUGAAGGAGAUUCAGCAAUUCGUGUGAUAAAGUAUAGCGCUCCUAUUAAUCCACAUUUAAGAGAAUUCCAUUGUGGGUUUGAAGACAACAACAUCUGCUUGUUCACCCAAGACGAUACAGAUGUCUUCGAAUGGACGAAGCAAAGCGCGAGCACAAGAGACACUAGGUACACUCCGAACACAGGACCCACUACGGAUGCUGGAGGCUCGAAACAUGGUUUCUACAUGUACAUAGAAGCAUCUCGUCCACGUAUGGAAGGAGAUAAGGCACGAUUACUCAGCCCGUUAUUCAAUAUAGCCCAAAAAAAUCCAUAUGGAUCCAGCAACACAGCGUACUGUUUCAGCUUCUUUUAUCACAUGUAUGGAAGGCAUAUAGGGACAUUAAAUACUUACCUUCGACUAAAAGGACAAGUUACUUCUGAAGUUGAAGUGUGGUCUGCCAAUGGAAAUAAAGGAGAGCAAUGGAACCAAGCACGUGUCAAUAUACACCCGACCUCUUCAUUCCAGUUAAUAUUUGAAGGUGUUCGGGGUAACGGUAUAGAAGGAGACAUUGCUAUAGAUGACAUCUCUAUCGUGGAAGGAGAAUGUACAAGAAUAGAUCAACCUGUGACUAUGGCACCAUCUGGUGUUAUUGGGACUUUAGUACAUAUAUGGCUGUAUCCAGUUUUCCUUUCACUCUCCGUUUUAAGUCAUCAAAGGUGACCAUGCCCAGGCAGAGGCUACAAAGGAUUCAGUAGGCACUCGUAUGAAGAAACAGUCUUUGUAAAUGGACAUCUUAAAAACAAACUACCAAAGAUUCCACCACUUACGCACUGGGGAUUAAUGGAACGUAGGAAAUACAUUAUUACAAACUACACGUGACCUACGAAUGGAGAAGGCCUCGCGGUGCUUCUGUGGUUAUCACGAAUACAGUAUUAUCUGAUGUUCCUCUUCAAAAUAAAAAAGGAGUUCUGAAAAUCCUUGUCAAAGCACAAAGUCAUGGCUGGUUUUGUUUCAAAUGAAUAGAGUCUACUCGUCACCAUGGACACGUAAUGGCCUGUCGACCUAAACCUCACAGUUAACAGGGUACAUAAAGAUCUGGCAUUUAUUUUCAAUUUAAGAAGGUUUUGGGUAUGGAAUAAAAAAAGAACAUUUUUCACCUUGGCUGCCACCAUUCUAAACUACCGUAGAAAACAAGCGUCAAUUCAUCAUAGCUUUGCUCCACGAGAAGGAUGCUGUAACUUUUUUUUGCAUGCUGUCCUCUCCGAGAAGAAAAGACCAGUCAAUAAGCUCUACCAGGUUAUCGGAUCUUGUUUGUGGCCACAUUGAGACCAAGUCACCGAGUCAUCUGUUGUAACCAAGAAACCAAACCACCACCUUUUUCAAUUGCCAGGAAACUAAGUGCCUUCAAUUAAACAAACCUGAAAAAACAAAA